AUGUAUAACGGUGAUCGCUAUUAUUCUAAUGAUCCUAGAAGAGGGGAUCCAUAUAGUCAAAGACAUCAAGAUCCUUAUUCUCACCAUCAUCAUCAACAACCACAACAUCAUAGUCAAUAUUCACCACAACAUCAAUAUCACCCUCAACAAUAUAUUUCACAUACAAAUGUGAAUUAUGGAGGGCCAAAUCAAGGAGGUCACUUUUAUUUAAGAAAAACUAACAUCUCGUUCCUUAUUUUCAAAAAGAUUUUCAUAAAUCAAAAUUAUUUUUGCAGAUAUGGAUAUCGCAAAAACAUUUGAUCAUGAGCCAUUCCGCCACACCGAUCCAAAAUACAAAUGUUUGUGCAAUAAAAUGCACGUAAAACAAGGUUGCCGAUUCAUUUUGGCAUUUUUGGUAGGAAUCGUUGUUCUUGGUAUUCUUCUUUUGAUCUUAAACUGGAAGUGAGUCAAUAAUUUCUUAACCAGAUAGUAUUCAACUAUCCUCUAAAAAUUUCAGCGUUGGAACUUGGACAACUUUCAUUCUUCACGCAAUUCUUCUUGUCGGAGUUAUCGCAUGUGCUUUUGCAUUAUUUGUUGCCAUGAAAAGCGAGAAAGAAAAUCUGUUAUUGCCGGUAGCCGGUAUUGCGGUAAGUUAUUUUCAACAUUUUUUGUUUGGAAAAAAUGAGAGGUCACGGGAGAUGAGGAGUCAUUCUCGAUGUUUGGUCGUUUGCGCGGGGUAAUUGUUAUGUUAUGUGGUGACCAUGCGGAAAAGAAUGACAGCCAGUUUUUCGUUUUUUUUUUCAAAUACAAAUCGAGGCAAUGAUGGGUUUUUGAUUUUCAGAUGACAUUUUGAACUGACUGACUGAUAACAAAGAAAACUAUAGUUUAUCAGAUGUGACAAGUAAAAGAUAGUGAUCUUCAGACAUUUUUUUACACAAGAUAGCAAGAACAUUCCUUCGGGUACUGUGCCUUUUAAAGUACAUGUUAGAAUUACAGUUUUUGUUCAUCACAAGAUCUAUAUCCACUAUAGAAAAUAGCCCCUUGAACAAAUAUUUUUGCAGGCUCUUGGUGCGUUGAUUUCUUUGAUCUUCUUCAUCUUCACCCUCUGGUCACUCAUUGAUCCAUCUGGAACAACUGGUCAACUUGUCAACAACUUCGUCGUUAAUCAAAAUGCUUCUCAAACUGAAGACUUCGGAUUAAACGAAAACCGUGAUGAAAUUCAAACAGUAUCAGCAGUCAGUAUGGUUCUCUCACUUCUUGGAAUUGCAGCAAGUAUUUGGGUCGCAUUUGUUGUCUACAAAUACUUCAAAUAUCUUAAAGAUAUGAAAUUUGCACGAAAUCCAAAAAAUCAAGUGCAUAUCGAGAUCAAUGAUAUCAAUAAGAAAGGUGCUAAACAAUAG